AUGGCGCCUGGUGUUGACGGGAGACAACAGGAGAAUGUGGCGGAGGGGGCCCUCAUGUGGUGCUGCAAGAACAAACCGUCGAAUAAUUCCGGCGAGAAAGUCAAAGUCAAUGAUCUAAUCACAGCGCGCAGAGCUCCAAGUCCUCACACCAAAACCACCUACCCGGACCCACCCCCUAUCCUCCUCACUCGCCUCCCAUGGCUCGCCCUCGCCGCCUCCUCUGACCCUGCCUCCCCUUCCGGAAGCGCCGCCGGGAUCUCGCCGGAGAUGCCUCCGCCACCUCCGCCGGCGGCGGAGCAGCCGCAGCUUCACGGGGUGGUCAUCAUCACCCUCCCUCCCCCGGACCAGCCCUCCAAGGGCAAGACCAUCACCGCCUUCACCUACAGCGACGACCCCGCGCCCCCGCCCCCGGCGCCGGCGAUGGGGUUCCCCGCGGUGGCGGAGGCUAGGCGUUCGAGGCGGGUUCUCUCCCCUAGGCGGCUGGCGGCGAUAGCCCUCGUGCUGGGGGCGGUCGCGGUCGCGGCGUACUACUGCUUCUCCUCGGACUUGGCCGUGCAGUUCCUGGGGAUGGAGGAGCAGGAGGCGCAGAAGGAACGGAACGAGACCAGGUCCUUCCUGCUGCCGCUGUACCCCAAGGCGCGGCAGGGGCGCGCGCUGCGGGAGUUCGGGGACGUCAAGCUCGCCGCCAGGAGGGUCGACGGCGGCGGCGGCAGGAGUGCGAGGAACAAGAUGGAGGUCAAGAAGGCAGCCGCGAUGGGGACGAACUCGACGGCUUUGCUCCCGAUCAAGGGCAAUGUCUUCCCCGAUGGCCAGUAUUAUACAUCAAUCUUUGUUGGCAAUCCUCCAAGACCGUACUUUCUUGAUGUUGAUACCGGAAGCGACUUGACAUGGAUCCAGUGUGAUGCACCAUGUACAAACUGCGCGAAAGGACCUCAUCCUUUAUAUAAGCCAGCAAAAGAAAAGAUAGUCCCUCCCAGGGAUUUGUUAUGCCAAGAGUUGCAAGGAAACCAGAACUACUGUGAAACCUGCAAGCAGUGUGACUAUGAAAUUGAAUAUGCAGACCAAAGUUCCUCCAUGGGUGUCCUUGCGAGGGAUGAUAUGCAUCUGAUCGCGACCAAUGGUGGAAGGGAAAAGCUAGACUUUGUCUUUGGGUGUGCAUAUGAUCAGCAAGGCCAGCUUUUGUCCUCACCAGCAAAGACUGAUGGGAUCCUUGGACUUAGCAGUGCAGCGAUAAGCCUUCCCAGUCAGCUGGCUAGCCACGGGAUUAUUUCCAACGUUUUUGGCCAUUGUAUCACUAGAGAGACAGGUGGGGGAGGAUAUAUGUUUCUUGGUGAUGAUUAUGUACCAAGAUGGGGAAUGACAUGGACUUCUAUUCGAAGUGGUCCAGAUAACUUAUAUCACACACAGGCCCAGAAUGUAAAAUAUGGAGAUCAGCAUGUCAGUAUGCAUGAGCAGACAGGAAACUCAGUUCACGUUAUUUUUGACAGUGGAAGCUCGUAUACGUACCUCCCAAAUGAAAUAUACGAAAACCUCAUUGCAGCUAUUAAAUAUGUCUCCCCGGGUUUUGUCCAAGAUAGUUCAGAUCGGACAUUACCUUUAUGCUGGAAAGCUGAUUUUCCUGUGAGGUAUCUGGAAGAUGUCAAGCAGUUCUUCAAGCCCUUGAACCUUCAUUUUGGGAAAAAAUGGCUUUUCAUGUCUAAAACAUUCACUAUUUCUCCUGAGGAUUACUUGAUCAUUAGUGAUAAAGGGAAUGUCUGUCUAGGGCUUCUCAAUGGAACGGAGAUUAAUCACGGGUCAACCAUUAUAGUCGGAGAUGUUUCUCUGCGUGGCAAGUUAGUUGUGUAUGACAAUCAACGGUGGCAGAUUGGAUGGGCAAAUUCAGAUUGCAACAAGCCACAAACUCAAAAGGGAUUUCCCUUCUUCCCCUGAUGAGCAUUGCACACAGUAAAGAUAUGUAAAUUUUGAAAAGUGAAUACCAUUAGAAUUUCUUAUUAAACUGCAGAUGCUGCUAUGCAUCCUAUCUCCUCUACAUGGAAUUUUCAUAAAUCCAACCGUA